UGUCGUAUAAUAUCAGCCCUGUAUUAUAUACUGUCCCACUGUUGGGCACGGUCCUCGUCUACUACUAAGAGGACUUAGGCCACUACGCUGGUCUAGUGUGGAUUGGUAGACUUCAUUCAUCCCCAAAAUUGCUAUUAAGAACUUCUGAGGUUUGCAGGUUUUCCUUGAUUGUUAAAGUAAGCAAUAAUUCAAAAAGAAUACGCAUAUAAUUCUAUUUUCCAAAGGCAGAUGUGAGUGCUCUUGGGAUUUGAACCUGCUGACAUUCGUCUCGGCAGUCUGUCCCCGACCCAUUUAGGCUAUCGCCGCUUGCAUUUUUAAGUUUAUCAUUACAUAAUUUACUAUUUAAAGUUUCCAUGCGACCAACAUUCAUGCCUCAGAACAAUAACUAAAGCCGUGGUCUGUGGUUCAUGCCGUAUGUUAGUAGCUAAUACGCUCACAGGGCGCUUUUUAAAUUUCAUAAAAAAAAAAAACUAUAAAAUGCGUAAAUUCGUGCGGGUACUGAUCUUGUUUAUAUUCGAGCAUCCUGUAUCUAAUUUGCAUAUUUCUCUGAGAUAUUUUAUUUUUGGAUAUCUACCUAUGCGAUAUUCUUUGGAAUGUGAAGCAUAGAGAAAUCAUAAUUACUUAUAAUUGUAUUUGAUGAUCUUUGAUAUGAAGUAUGUCAAAUGUCCUCAGACAAAUUUCCAUAAUCUUUAUUCUUGCUUUCUUCUCUUUGUUGUCAAUAGUUACAUAUGCGGUUAAUAUUAUUGUCAUCCGUAUAUUUGAUUUCACCAUGAUAAAGCGCCAGAUAAACCUAUUACAUAAGAAAUCAUUUAAUUUAUUCUUGUCAAAUAUUGUAUUUGCUCACACGAAGACAUGUCCCGCGACAAGACAAACCAACGUAUGCGCCGGCUCCGACGGAACGUCUGCUCUAAAGAAACCAGAUUUUAAACGCGCGGAAAAAUCAGCCCCAUGCCGUUUCGGCUUUAUACCUAAUGAGUGGUUCCAAUUCUUCUACCCCAAGACUGGUGUAACAGGCCCAUACUUAUUUGGCAUUGCACUUAUCAACUAUUUAUUGAGUAAAGAGAAAUAUAUACUUGAACAUGAGUAUUACAGUGGUCUAUCAAUAGCUUUAAUUUUGUAUUUAGCCACGACAAGACUUGGUCCUGCAUUUGGCGCUAGCCUUGAUGCACAAGUGGAAGAAGUACAUGCUGCAUUAGAGAAAACAAGACAGGAUGAAAUAGACAUGUAUGAAAAUAUUAUAAAAUCUUCGAAGGAAGCUCAAUGGAGAGCAGAAGGGCAGAAAUUAUUAAUUGAUGCAAAGAAAGAGUGUAUACAAAUUCAGUUGGAAGCAGCGUAUCGUGCACGAGUAAUGGAAGUGUAUUAUACGCUUAAGGGAAAGAUGGAUUAUCAUGCGAAGAAAUACAUCAUCGAGAGACGUGUAGAACAGACAGUUCUUGUUGACUGGGUUAUGGAAAAUGUCUAUAAAUCUAUACCUGCUGAGUAUCGAAAGCAGUCGCUGCAAGAAGCGAUACAACGUUUGGCUUCCGCUCCGCCCUUGAAGGGGAGAUAUUCUUAAAAAUAUCGACUAGGUACAUUGGUAGGGCCAAGCUUUUCUCCCUGAUUGUUAAAAUGCUUAUUUCCAAUGUUAUAUUAUAUUUGAAAAAUAAAUAUUAUGGGCAAUAAAAUACACGUUAUUUGAAAAACAUUUUCUUAUCAUGUUCGCUGUACCCUUUACAGUAUUUUUAUAUUUUCAAAUAAUAUGUUUCGACGUGAAAGGCAUAGUUGCACAACAAAUACGUGACAACAUAAGCGAUUACGACUGGAGUGUGUGGUGCAAAUUUCAGCCUAAUGGUUUCGAUUGUACCGACGGGGAGCCUUUGCAACCGAAAUUUUAUUACGACGUAAAAAUGGAGGAUUGUAAAACGUUUACAUUUGGUCUGUGCGGUAAGAGCAAAAAUCACUUCGAAACGAGAAAUGAAUGUCGCGACCGUUGUCAAGAAAUUGGCCUACACGAAGCAAGAGCAAAUGUUUCGGAAAAGAUAUAUUGCCGUUAUCAGCCGGACUUUGGAGACUGUAAUAACUACCAUCCGAUGUUUUAUUUUGACAUAACGCAACGCUUCUGCAGAGGCUUCUCGUACAGCGGUUGCGGAGGCAACUUGAACAGAUUUCCCAAUGCUCAAAUAUGUACUGCCGUAUGCGCAGGCGCAGUAGAGUAUUAUUAAAUAAUUUUGCUUUCUAAA